AAAGCGGUUUUAAUAAUUAAUUUUGUACUUAUAUUGGUGUCACUCUCUCAUAAACAAUGAAAUUGUUGGUGCUGCUAAUUAGUUUAAUUCACGCUUUAAUCGUCUGGGCCGGUCAAACACCGACACCGAUUGUACUAUGGCAUGGAAUGGGUGACACAUGUUGUGCAUUCUACAGUCUGGGUGGAUUCAAAACAUUUCUAGAAAAGCAAAUACCUAAUGUGUAUGUCACAUCCCUACGGUUUGGGAACAACACUAUUGAGGACCGGGAAAGUGGUUUCUUCAUGAACCCUAAUGACCAAAUAGACUAUGCUUGCAAAGUACUAGCGGCGGACCCUAAUUUGCAAAAGGGUUUUAAUGUGAUCGGCUUUUCACAGGGAUGCCAGUUUCUACGUGGCAUGAUCCAGCGAUGUGGCCACAAGCUACCUCCAGUCAAGAGCUUCAUUUCCCUUGGCGGGCAACACCAGGGCGUGUACGGUCUCCCGCACUGCAUGGCGGUCUCCCACAAGACCUGCGACUACAUACGGGAGCUGCUCAACUAUGCGGCUUAUCAGAGUUGGCUGCAGUCAUCGCUGGUCCAGGCUACCUACUGGCACGAUCCGCUCAACGAGGAAGAAUACAUGAGGAAGAGCAUUUACCUCGCCGAUAUCAACAACGAGUUGGCGAUCAACGAGACUUACAGAUCAAACUUGAAGAAGCUGGAAAACUUCGUGAUGGUGAAGUUCGACAGCGACAGUAUGGUGCAGCCGCGAGAAUCAGAAUGGUUCGGCUUCUAUACUCCGGGACAAGGCUCGCAGCUGCAGACGCUGCAGCAGUCCAGGAUCUAUACCGAGGACCGCCUCGGCCUGCAGGCAAUGGACCGCGCCGGUAAGCUCGCAUUCCUGUCCCAGCCCGGAGACCAUCUUCAGUUCGACGAAACGUGGUUCAUCGAUAACAUCAUCAACAAAUACCUUGUUUAGAUAAUUAUGUUUAAGAAUAUAUUUUAUUUAAUACGCUA